AUGUUGCCUGUGGUGAUCUGCAUUUCCCUUGUGGGAUUAACCAUAGGCAGACCGUCUCUGAAUUACUUGGAAAACCGCUUUGGCGAGGAAAACGAGUCUGAAGAAGUGCGUUCGGAGGCAAUAAAGAGGCUCCUGGAAGUGUUUGGAAUGGAAGAUCCUCCUGCGGCUCUGGCUCGGGGACACAAACAGCCUCCACAAUACAUGCUGGACCUGUACAACACCAUCGCUGAUGUGGAUGGCGUCACCAAAGACCCGACGCUGCUGGAGGGAAACACGGUCCGCAGUUUCUUCGAUAAAUUGCACAGCGAUCAGGUUGAGUUUCGCUUCAACCUCUCCACGGUGGCCAAGAGUGAAAAGAUCCUCACAGCUGAACUUCAUCUGUUCAAGCUCAGGCCUCAAGCAUCGUUGACCUUCAACAGACAUCACUUCUGUCAGGUCAAUGUCUAUCAGAUUCUGGAUAGCAGCAAAAUGAAUGUUUCUCAAGGGAAGAAGCUGCUGUCAUCCAGACUGGUUCCCAUUCACUCCAGUGGCUGGGAGGUUUUUACCAUUACGCAAGCUGUAAGGUCUUGGAUGUCAGACGAGGGCAGUAAUCUUGGUCUCUUGGUGACGGUGAGAAGCCUCGCGGGGAUUCAAAUGGAUCUGAAGACCGUGCGGUUUGCAUCGGGCCGUGAUCACCAUCACAGCAAGCAGCCCAUGCUGGUUCUCUUUACCGACGAUGGCAGACGGGCCACAUCUCAGGAGGGCUCUCUUAAAGGUACAGAUGAAUCUGCCGCUGUGUCCAGUCUUCCGUUUCCCAGCCCCCCUCGGCCAUCAGCGGGCCGCCGCAACGCUCGCUCCACAGACUACGAUGAUGGUGGAGAGAUGCCAUGCCAACGUCUGCCUCUUUACGUGGACUUUGAGGAGAUCGGCUGGUCCGGCUGGAUUGUGUCACCACGUGGUUACAACGCCUACCACUGCAAAGGUUCCUGCCCGUUCCCUCUGGGACAAAACAUGAGGCCGACAAACCACGCCACGGUGCAGUCCAUCAUCAAUGCCCUUAAACUGACCAAAGGCAUCGAGACGCCGUGCUGUGUUCCAGACAAACUCUUCAGCAUUAAUCUGCUGUAUUUUGAUGAUGAUGAGAAUGUGGUUUUGAAGCAGUAUGAUGAUAUGGUGGCAGGUAGCUGCGGGUGUCAUUGAUAUAUUGAUCUCGGAGCGGUUUGAACGAGCCACGGGAUUGGACAAAAUACA